AUGGAAAAGAGCUUUGACACAGUUUUCAAUCUAACGCCGAGGUCCACUUAUGAGAAUUCUGACCCAGCGAACAACGUAGAGAAUGAAAGGAACUCUUCGCGAGCAUCCGAAGGAAGCAAACAAAACGAGGUGUUUGAUUCUACAAACAGAUUUUCUUCUGCACAUGAAGUUUUCCAAGCGGGCAACGAUGUAAGUGAAGCUGGCAAACCGAGCCUUGGAAGACAUGAAGAUGCGAAGUUAGCCUACACUGAAAGUGAAAUUGGUGGAUACACUCAAAAGAAGUUUGAAGAUUUUAUGCCUGUGAACAAUGCAACUCAGACAGGCAGAUAUUUUGCUGAAACAUCCGAAGACCGUGGUAUAGCAAAUGAAAAUACUACUGAAACUAACCCGUUUCUUGCUGCGAUUAAUAGAGACUUGAAACAAAAAACAAAUGCGACCGGCUUUUUUGAAAAUUAUGAGGAUGUAAAACCGAAAGGUAAUACGACCGGAAAUAAUACUCAUAUACAUGGAAUGUUUGGAAAUCUUGAGCCGGUUAUCGCUUCAAGCGAACCUGGCGGUACACCAAUAGGGAGAUAUGAAAGUACGAACAAACUUGCAAACAGCAUUGCAGAGCUCAGUAGACACCUCUCCGGAACGUACGAUGAACUCAAAACGACGAAUAGUGCCGCUGACUUGGGCGCGCACGCUUCUGGGAGGUAUGUAGACGCGAAGAUGGCGAAUGACAUUGAUGAGCCUGGUCCGAAUGUUUCUGGAAGGUAUGAGCUUUCCAAUACUCUAAAUAACAAAAAUGAUACGCAGGAUCGGACUUAUGGUCGAAUGUAUGACCGUGUCAAUCCCAUGAAUCACCUAGGUGAAGUCAGCAGUACUCCCAGAAAAUACGAGGAUAUGAAGAUGAUGAAUAAUGUCUUCGAAUCCAGGGGAUACUUGUCUGGGAGAUACGAGGACAUGAAACCUACGAGUAUUGUGGUUGAUAACAACGGAUAUCAGCCCGAAAAGUUUGAGCUUGUUCGUCCUUUGAGCAACUUCGUUCCUGAUGAACCUAAAGUUGGAGGUGUUGUGCCUACGAAGAGUGCAAUUGAGUCUAAAGGCUAUUUUCCUGGGAGAUAUGGAGAGAGUGCACCCACAACAAACAGCGUGACGCAGGCGGAAGGAUACCCUUUAAGAAGAUAUGAGGAUGCUAAACCAUCAAGCACUGUAGCUGAAGGAAAUAAUUAUCCUUCUGAAAGGCGUCCGGAUGUGAACUUGGCGAGCAGCGCAGUUGCAGAAGGCAGUUCAUUUAUUGGAAGAGAAAAUAGGUAG